AUGUUUAUUUUUGAUUUUUAUCUAUCAAUCUAUAUUUUAAUUCUUAUUGCUGUUUAUAUCUAUCUAUCUAUCUAUCUAUCUAUCUAUCUAUCUAUCUAUCUGUCUGUCUGUCCGUCUACCUAUAUAUUUAUUUCAAGAAGCAUUCUUCUCUCUAUAUAUAUAUCUAUAUAUCGUAACACUCAUUCUUAUCACUGCCCUGAUAUUUAUUCCUUAUAUAUAUUUAUCUAUCUAUCUAUCUGCCUGACUGUCUGUCUAUCGAUAUAUCUAUCUAUCUCAAUCUAUCUCUCUUUCUAUCUAUCUAUCUAUCUAUCUAUCUAUCUAUCUAUCUAUCUAUCUAUCUCUCUUUCAUUUUCUCUCUCCGACUCUUUCCCUUUCUCUUCUUCUCUUAUUCUUUCUGUUAUUUUUUUCAUAUUUCUCCUUUUAUUUACCUCGUUCUUUUUCGUCGUCUUUUCUUACUUUUAUAUUUCUCAAAUCUUUCUGCUUUCUUACCAAUCGAGCCGACCGUUUAACUCACUUCAUUCCUUUCACCUUAUUCGUUGCUUUUUCUAUUACUAUUCUAAUAUUUCUUCUUCCUUUGCUUUUUUCCAUAAUCAUUCCUUCACGUUUCUAUUUAUUUCUCUUUUUUUUCUUUCUUUCUUCACUUUCUUCAUUUUUGUUAUUUUCUUUUUUUAUAUUCUUUCCAUUUUAUCUUUGUCAAUCUUUCGUGUUUUUUUGUUUUGUUUUUGUUUUCUUGUUUUUUUUUUUUUUCAUUUUGUCUUUUUUCCCAUAAUUUCAAAAUUAAUCUUUUAUUCCUGGACGUGUUUCUUCUUUGUGACUUAUCUCUUUACAGAUUUCCGCCAUUUUGACUUCAAUAUUUUCUUUCAUUUCUUUUCAUUAACAUUACAAUUACUUUUUUCUCCGCUCCUCGUUUCUUUUUUUAAAUCAUUGCCUUUUUCGCUUUAUUUUUAUUCCAUUCGUAUACACUUCUUUUCUCUCCCUUACUGA